AAAAUGUCAUUUGUUCCUGACUUUUCAGCAACCAUUACUUCUAUCUUCGGUGUCAUACUUCUUCGGUGUCCUUCAGAAGACAUGCUGAUUUGGUGCUCAAGAAACAUGUAUUAUUAUUAACAUUUUUGAAAACAACCCUGCUGCUUUAUAUUUUCUGGAUUCUUUGAUUAAUUGAAAUUUCAAAAGAACAUUAUUUAUUUGAAAUUGUAAACGUUUGUCAUAAAAGUACUACUUUCUUUCAAAAAUGUAUUACUGAACAUUUGAACAUCAGUGUAAAUGGUAAUUUGCAUUUCAUUAUCUGCAUGUUUUUUUUUGUUGUUGUUGUUGUUUGUUUUUUUUUGUCUGCUGUGACCCCUAGGGUGUUUAGGUCACAACCCAUCAGCUGAGAUAGAUAGGUAGCUGUGACUUCAUUUGCAACUUCUCACUUUCGUUACCACACUUUCUGUCGUCUAUUUAUUAAUUUUAGUCCUGCAAAUCUAUUUCCCCUUUUCCACUAUAUUCUCCAUAUCCUAAUUCUACUACAUCACUGUUCUAUACUAUCUGUUAAUCUCAAAUUCCCUUUUGUCCUUUCAUUGAUGCCAUAGUUGCUGUGUCUGUGUUUAAUUGAGGAUUGUCUUGGAUUAGCUGUUUGAGAAAGCCAUAAUCUGUUUGAGUCACUGAGACACAGUUUAUGAGAGAAGAGCUGAGGGUAAUCACAGAGAGUGCCAGGCAACAGAUGGGCCUGUGUUAGUUAACCUGAGAGAAACCUUUGAGGAAACAGUGAGGGUGUAAAAGAACAACAGAGUGAGGAAGAAAUGGAGCAUGAAUUGUCCUCUGAAAAAGACGAGGACAGCGAACCAGAGGAGGAAGAUGAAGCUGAUGAGGAUGAGGAUGAAAUGGCAGAAAUGCAGGAAAGAGGGGAUCUGAGGGACAUGGCGGUCUGGAAUGGUUUUAUUUCAGGAGGAGGACUUGCAGCUGAAGAAGAGGUGCUGCUGGACUGGAAGCCAGGUGACCCUGUGACUCCUCAGUAUGUCCUCAGGCUACCAGGAUACACAGACGACUACCUGUGCUCCCCAGAAGACAACAUCUACAAUAUUAGCUUCUCACGGUUCAAAAUAAGAGACCUAGAAGGUGGAUCGGUCAUUCUGGACCUAAAACGACACUGUCCGACAGAAAUAAAGGAUGUCAUAGAGCUGGAUGCAGUCCGUUUCAUUCAGUAUCAUUUCAGUCCUGCUUUUCUAAAUCUCAGGGAGAUUGGAGCCACGCUUGAGUUUACAGUGGGCGGUAAGGCAGUCAACAAGUUUCGGCUGAUUGAGAGGCAUUACUUCAGGGAUCUGCUGAUGAAGACAUUUGACUUUGAGAUUGGUUUCUGUAUCCCAUACAGCAGAAACACCUGUGAACACAUUUACUGCUUACCAGAUCUGGAUUCACACACUAUUGAGGACAUGAUCAGUCACCCUUUUGAGACGCGGUCAGACAGCUUCUACUUCGCCAAUAACACACUGAUCAUGCAUCAUAAGGCAGAGUACUCCUUCAGCCAGGGGCUGGAGCUCAAUGAGAACCAAACAUAAACACUUCACAGAAGGCAUGGUAACAUCAAUCAUGGCAGCAGAAGACUGGUAAUAUAAUAUACAGAGUAGUGUUGCAUAUUUGGUUUUAUAAACUAUAUACAUAAACUAGACAUUUCUUUGUUAAUUUACAGAUGUUUGUGCUGGGGAGAUGUUAUGUUGCUUGCAUAGUAAUAAAAGAAAAACAUUAUCAGAAAA